AACCAGCCGGUUCGCGUUUGUGUCCGUGAUAGUAACAUACGUUUUAUUCAUCUGUGCCUUGGGACCAGUCUUUUUAAGUAAACAUGACAAAGAAGUUUCUUCAAAUGCCGAGCUGGCUCAAGCCAGACGAUUGGUUCAGCUAUCAAAAGGAUGUCAAAUAUUGUUCCCUCAUCAAUCCCACGGUGCAAACGCUUCCCUGUGGCACUUGAAGGUCAAAGACGCUCCUAUGGGUCUUGCCAUUGAUGGAAAACAUAGAUUUGGGUUCUGUUGGAAUAAUAAAGCUGCAUCAACGUCCUUGGGAUCCUGGAUGGUUGAAGUAACGAAUACUUCCAAAUAUCUUCAAACCCAAGGAUAUCAUAAAAUUUUGUCCAGUAUGAGACCUCAAUCACUUACGGAACUUGAAAAGUUUGUGAUCAAUGGUCAUUUAUUUAUCGUGGUACGACAUCCCUUUGCCCGAGUUGUAUCAGCAUUUAACGAUCGGAUUAUAGGGGAUCCUCAAUCUUAUCAAUCACGAAAGUUUGUCCCCUUGAUCAAGAAAAAGCUGGAGCUUCAACUUAAUCCCAAGAGGGCUUUACAGUUUCGACACUUUGUUGCGUAUCUUCUAUCCACACCCACCCGAUUGUACGAUCCUCAUUGGAGUCCCAUGUGGCUACACUGCGCCCCUUGUCAGAUUCCCUACCGACAAAUUGUCAAAGUGGAAACACUGGUCCAAGAUUUCCACUUCCUACAAGAACGGAUUCCAAAUUUUCCGCACCACGCUUUACCAUUCUUACAUCAGAGUCAACGAGGAACAGAAAAAGAAACUAUCCGCAAACAUUGGCAAGAACUAAAUGGCCUAGAAAAAGCAACUUUUUUCAAAAUAUAUCAAAAUGAUUUUUUAUUAUUCGACUACGAUGUACAUGAAUUUGAAUAAACAUAGUCUAUUGAUUAAUAC